AUGGGUUCCGGGCGAUCGAAGGUGCGACAGCUGGACCCCAAGACACUUACGGACUUACAGAAUACCGUGGACGGGAAAGGAAAGAGCAAACUAACUAAGCAGAAAUUUCGGUCUGUUUACAAUAGCGUAUUUGACGGAGAUGCAGACGAAUUUGUUGGACACCUCUUUCGAUCGUUUGAUUCCAACCAAGAUGGAUUUGUCGAUUUUAAAGAGUUCAUAGUGGGUCUGUGUGUGUCCGGAAGUGAGAAGCCGGAAACCAAACUGAAAUUGGCCUUCAAUAUGUACGAUCAAGACGGGAACGGCUCCAUCAGCCGCGAGGAGGUGUCACCCAUGUCAUAUAAGCUAACUUACUCCCCUGUUUACUGUUUCUCUGCACCAGAGUUCAUAGUGGGUUUGUGCGUGUCCGGAAGUGAGAAGCCGGAAAUCAAACUGAAAUUGGCCUUCCAUAUGUACGAUCAAGACGGGAACGGCUCCAUCAGCCGCGAGGAGAUGUCCAAUAUGCUCAAGGUACGCGGAUCUCGACUGAUGAAGGGGGUGAAAUCACUUGCUUUGUUUUCAUUUAACCACAUGUGUGAGGCGCGUUAUCAGGUUACAACAACAUGA